UAGCUGCACAACAGGCUGGGAGGCUAUGUAUAGAGAUAAAUUGGUCCCUGGUUCAGAUGUGUAAGGCACAGGUAACUGGACAUGUUUUCUCUCGCAAAUGUGAAGCUGGUUAUUUAAUUGAGAUAAAGUGUUCAGUAAUACGAGGGACAUAAGUAGAUACGUACAUAGUAUACGCUGAUGACAACGUUAUGAUUUAAUGUUCGUUAAAUAAUUAGUAUUCAAGAUGGCGGCGCCCAUGAAAUGAAAUUUGUUCGGCACUGAUAUUUUACAAUAUUUUAGCCUUACUUAGCGAUUUUGAAACUAUUCAACAAAUAUGACGGAUGCAUGGAAUGAAAUACAGGCGUUAAAGUCGAAACAGAGCAGCUUGAGGGCAAAAUUAGCCGCUAGAAAAAAGGAACGAGAAGGUCUUGUAGCGGAAAUAUCAAAAUCGUCGACAUCUCCUAGUGUCCCAGUCAAUAAGCCUUCAUCAAGUGGUGUUGAAAGAGCAAAGUCAGAAACGCCAAAGAAUCUGAGUCCUGGUCAGUCACCAAAAAAAUUACCACCAGCUGUUGUAAAGUCAGAGCCAAUCAAACAUGAUCCAGAGGUGGAGAAGCAGUUGUUGAUUGUGUUGUGUGACCUAGGAGUGGAGACACCAUGUAGCUCUGAUAAUGUAUGUGAGAAGACAUCGAAAGCUAUGGGUAGAACAGCCCACAUAGAUCUAGUGGAGAAUCUCUUACAGAAGUUUGCUGCUCAGCAAAUGAUAGUAGUAGCAAAGGAUGAUGGCAAAGCAUCAAGAAAGGGUCAUCUCACUGUGCAGUCUGUGGAUUUGUCAAAGCUAUCAGCAGUUGCAGACCAGACAGGAAAGAAAAGGAAGCGAGAUGAAGUGGAAGAGGAUGAUGACACUCAGACGGCAACCAAACAAACUAAACAGGCUAAACAGACGUCAAAGCCAGAUUCAAACAUCAGUGUUGAGAGUUUAUUGUCAACCCAGACGGCAAAAGAGCGGGAAAGUAAGAAAAUGACUGAUGAAAUAAUGCAGUUACUGAGUGCUCCAACAUCUAAAGAGAAAAGUCUGAUGGAGAGAUUUAAAUCACAGGGAGGAGCACAGCUACAAGAAUUCUGUCAGUUUGGAACAAAAGAGGAAUGUUUGAAAAUUAACCAAGCAUCACAACCCUGUACAAAACUUCAUUUCAAGAAAAUCAUUCAUAAACAUACAGAUGAAUCUCUUGGAGAUUGCUCAUUUCUCAACACAUGUUUUCAUAUGGAUACUUGUAAGUAUGUUCAUUACAAAGUGGACUUUCCUGAAGAUUCCCAGAAGUCACAGAGCUUAAGAAAAGAGGCAAAUAUGGCGUUAGCAAUGUCUUCUGACUCCAAUGAACAAGUGAACAUGUUUCCACCACAGUGGAUACAGUGUGACAUAAGAUACCUGGAUAUGCAAGUGUUGGGUAAAUGUGCUGUAAUCAUGGCUGACCCUCCGUGGGAUAUCCACAUGGAACUUCCAUAUGGCACCAUGCAGGACGAUGAGAUGAGAAAAAUGCCGGUACCACUGAUGCAAGAUGAUGGUUAUAUAUUCCUCUGGGUCACUGGAAGGGCUAUGGAACUAGGGAGAGAAUGUCUAGAGUUAUGGGGGUACAAAAGAAUAGAUGAAAUUAUCUGGGUGAAGACAAAUCAAUUACAGAGAAUUAUACGCACAGGACGAACAGGGCACUGGCUUAAUCAUGGGAAGGAACACUGUCUUGUUGGAGUGAAGGGAAAUCCAAAAGGAGUAAACAAAGGGCUUGACUGUGAUGUUAUAGUUGCCGAAGUGCGAGCAACAAGUCACAAACCAGAUGAAAUAUAUGGUAUAAUAGAACGAUUGUCACCUGGUACAAGAAAAGUAGAGCUCUUUGGAAGACCUCAUAAUGUUCAGCCAAACUGGAUAACACUUGGCAAUCAGUUGGAAGGGGUACGGCUUGUUGAUCCAGAAAUUGUGAAACGUUUUAAGGAAAAAUACCCAGAUGGGAAUUGUAUGGGGCCACCGAAAGAAAAUCCCAGAGACAGUGAUAGGGACCCGAGAGAUAGGGAUAUGAGGGAUUCCAAAAGAUAGGGGAUGGCUGCAGACUAAUUAUUAUUGUUUUAGUCAGUGCUCAGCCCUGAUGCCUGAUGUAGCAUCUGUUUUGCCAGGUGCAUGAUUGUCAAAAAAUCUCGGUAUUAUUGCCUAAAAAUAGACAAAUUUAUGGCAUUUCCGUGCAUUGAUACUGGUAAAAGUUACCAUAUGAUGUACUGAUGAAAGUACUGUUUAUGGUGAUUUGUUAAUGACUUAUAAAGGUAGGUACUGUUACUCCAGGUGGAAUUCGUGAAAUUUUGAAGUUAUCAAUUCAAAUGAAAAUUGGUCUGAAAGUUGCAGAACAGAACAUGUUCUACAGUAGCUCACUAUAAAACAUGAUAGCAUGGCAAUAUUUCUCUGCAUGUAUUUCAGACAAGUUAUGAAAAACUAAAUGAAAUAGUUGUACUUCUGUUAGGAAAUAUUAUUGAUUUAUGAUCCUUAUUUUUGUUACCUGAAUGGUGUAAAACGUUGUUAUAAAAUCUGAAACAUAUUUAAGAUCAUGUGACUUACAAAUAAAGAAAUGUAUGAUACA